AUGUCUAUUGCAACACUUCCCACCGAGCUCAUAUGUGAUAUCUGCAGCUAUCUGGAGCUACGCGACUGGAUUGCUUUUCGAACCACCUGCCCUGCAGUGUACAUGAAGUCGCUGGAUGCUUUCGCGGACCGGUACUGCAAGAGUAUCGGCCUGAUCCUCACCAGUCAUAGUCUUGGUCGAUUAGAAGAACUCGCCGCAAAUUAUAGCUUCCGGACACGAGUCCAAGAGCUAUGGGUUGUACCGUCCUUAUUCGGGGGCUUUUAUGAGAUGGAUGUUGAUUCCUUCAAGUCCUGUAUCACUUCACAUAGAGACAGGCCAUCUAAGACCGUCGCCCAGAUCAAUUCUCAGUACACUGCAUAUCAGGCUGUAGUGGAAGAUCAUCUCGGUAUCAUCGAAUCCGGUACUCUUAACAACGUCCUCAACGAAUGUGUGGCACUCUUUAAUAACCUCACCGUUAUUAGAAUGCAACUCAAGGACUCGGACUUUUUCUGGAAUUCAAAUCCUAUGAUAAAGGAUGAGGUCCAGUUUCUCGGUUGGCGCGGGGUAACACGCCAACUUGGAUUCAACCCAUUCGGAUUUAACGUCCGAAAACCCAUUCACAACCUGUGGAAGAGCAGAGCGAAGGACCAUGCCAUAGCUUUUGCGGCUCUCCUAGAGGCAGCCGUUGCCUCUAACAGGAAACUCAAGAAGUUGAACACAUGCAAUGGUGACCAUUGUGCUCUGCCACCUUCAGAUCUUACACUCAAACUCACGCACAAAUCCUUACUUUCCUCCCUGAAAGGAUUAGAGUAUCUGCACCUCUGCAUCUGCGUCUGGGAAGUACAGUCAGACGAUUCUAAACUCAGAUACCUCAUCGAUAUCCCUAUAAUGAUUGCACCGAGUCUCAAGGUCCUAACAUUCUCACAGUGGGACCGGAACGGUGCAAUGAGCCCUCAGUAUUUUAUCAACCUCUCCCAGCGUAUCAACUUUACCCAGCUAGUGGAACUUAAUCUCUAUUGGAUUGAAAUCACAUAUGAUACCUUCAAGACGUUUUUACGCACCACAAUUCCAACUUUGAGGAUUCUUGCGCUACAGUCCUUGAAUUUGAGGGGUGCGGCCCCAGUGGACACCGACAGUGGCCAUAAUCUGUCGAAAUGGGACUCUCCAGAGAUAAAUGAGCAGAGCAGUGCUGCUUGGCGACAGGUUUGGGAUUUCCUCGGUGACAGAUUCUCGCUACGGUCUCUUUCCUUGCAACAUCUCGGUUAUCGGGGCCAUCGUCUGCAUUUGCGCGAUAAUUUGAGCAAGCUGAGUGGAUCUACCGAGCCGAAUGGGCCGGUAGUUGCUGUCUUCAACGCCGAACGAGCUGGUGUUUCCUUUAAGGAAUGGGUCACUCAGCUACAGACAGGGCCUCCACGGGGUCCACGGAUGCGUUAUGAUAGUUUGCCAGGGAAAGAUUAUACUGCGCAGAUGGUUUGA